UCAUCUUCAUCUUCUCAACAAUCCCAGAAGAACAGAACUUUCCAGAAUCCCAAAUUCGUAAUGGCAGAACACUUAGCUUCAAUUUUCGGUACUGAAAAGGAUAGAGUGAAUUGUCCUUUCUACUUCAAGAUCGGUGCUUGUAGACAUGGAGAUCGAUGUUCGAGGCUCCAUACGAAACCAAGUAUUAGUCCUACUAUUCUCCUCUCAAAUAUGUAUCAAAGGCCUGAUUCAAUUACCCCUGGUGUUGAUGCUCAAGGCAAUCCCAUUGAUCCUCGCAAAAUCCAGGAACAUUUUGAGGAUUUUUAUGAAGACUUGUUUGAAGAACUGAACAAGUAUGGAGAGAUUGAGAGCCUGAAUAUUUGUGACAAUCUGGCUGAUCACAUGGUUGGUAAUGUUUAUGUUCAGUUUAGAGAGGAAGAGCAGGCUGCAAAUGCACUGAAGAAUCUUACAGGAAGAUUCUAUGCCGGAAGGCCCAUCAUUGUUGAUUUCUCUCCAGUGACUGAUUUUCGUGAAGCCACCUGUCGACAGUAUGAGGAAAAUGUCUGCAACCGUGGUGGAUAUUGCAACUUUAUGCACCUCAAAAAGAUCAGCAGGGAAUUGCGACGUCAAUUGUUUGGAAGGUAUAGGAGAAGGCAAAGCAGAAGCAGGAGCCGAAGCCCUUAUAGGCAUCGCAGCUAUGAAGACCGCUCUCACAGGAGUCAUAGUAGAAAGCAUGAUGAAAGGGAUCAUUAUUACGAGAGUCGAAGCAGGAGGAACAGAAGUACAAGCCCUGACCACAAGAGGGGUAGGAGUAGGAGUCCCGGUGGCAGGAGAGACCGAAGUCCAGUUAGGGAUGGCAGCGAAGAGAGGCGUGCAAGAAUAGAGCAGUGGAACAGGGAAAAAGAACAGGCAGAACUUGGUAACAGGGCUAAUGCAGACAGUAAUUACAAAAAUGAAAGCAAUCGGAAUGGAUCUGCUCCAAACCAAGAUCAGUAUUAUAAUCAACAAUGACAAGAAAGUGCAUAUGGAUAAUGAGUGAGAAUAUCGUGCUGGUUUGUGUCCUUAUCCCUUAUGAUUUUUGAUGCUUUUGUUCUGUCUUAAUGUAUUGUCUUCUGAGAGGGCCACCUGUCAUGAAAUAGAGCUUAAUGCCCAUUUUCUACUUGCAGGCGGUGCAGGUUUUCAAUUCUUUGAUAAGCAAUCUGAAAAGUUUUCGACCUCUAAUUUUUUUUGGUGUUCUGGCUUUAGAUAUGCUUUUUUUUGUGCAUCAUUCAUUGUUUACUAUCGCAUCUGCCCUUUGAAAUUAUUAUUUUAAGUUGAAAUAGUGGUUUGAACAUAAAUUUUAAGUGAACUUUUAGAUUUGAACUUCCACCCGCAAUCCUCAACUUUCACAAACUUCUUAUCCCAAAAACAUAGCUAUUGGAACAAAACUUCAACCACCUCCCCGAAAUGUUUGUGUCUUCAGUUUUGAAAUUUUUGUUGAGUGUGAUUUUUCUUUCUUUAAGGUUACAGGGUGUAUGCAGUUUUCUUCGACAUUUUAUUGUUUUGAAGUGAAAUUCCUCAACAUCCUAUGUGACAUUAUUCAAAUUCCACAAACUAUUGUGUUACUGUUUGGGAGAAAAUAACUUACUGAUGCAUGUUUUGUUGUGUUCUUGGCUCAUCUAUCAGAACAUAUUUGUGCAAUAUCUCUCUAUAAAGUUGGAAUUGAAUUUAAAUUAGGUGAUGGAGUGCCAGAAAUCUAAGGUGCAAUUGUAUGUUGUCACAAUGUUUGAAAAACUUGUCGAAUUGGUGGUAAAUUCUCUGCACUGUAAUUUUACCAGUUUAAAGUGACUCAUGCAGUGUUGCCUUCCAGGGUUUUCCACUGCAUAAACCAUUCCAUAAUUGUCAGGUAGGAUUGGAUUAUGUAAAAAAAGUGAUAAUAAACUUAUCUUGUUGUAUUAACAUUUCAGUUUCAUACAUUUCUUGGUCAUCCAUUUGUUCUUCUAGGUUGUCCAGGCUGAAAUGUCCUUUUUCUGGCUCUAGGUUUAGGUCUUGCAUUUUAGGGUGCUAUGUAAUAAGAAACGUUGACGAUAACUUGCAUGAUGUUUACUUGUAUAAUCUUUGCAAAUGCAUUGUGUGCUUGUUUGUGCAGUCAGGUUUCUUUUGACCAGAGCUCAUCCAGGCUAAGCUUUCAAACUGUUGUUUGGCUUUUUUCUUCAUUUUUAUUACUGCUUAUUACCGGGAAAUGUGUACAGGUUGUGGAGCCAAAUCAGAGGAUAUAUACCAACAGGUUUGAUUUCGCAGGCAUUUGCAGGGACGAGAGAAGAAUGACCGAUCUGCAGCUGGAGACGACAAUGUUCAAAUUCUUAUUCCUUUAGUCUAUUUUUAGUUUAGGGUAAUGCAACUUGGGAAACUGCUAGUUUUGCAUCCUCCAGACUAUUGUUUGCUAUUAUGUAUGGUGGUGAACUUAUUUAAGGUUCUGGAUGGCUAGUGUCU